UUGACAAGUGUCAAAUUCCAACAGCUGCAGUAAAAUAAUUAAAUGUCAAAUAACAACGUUUGAAAUUUGUAACACAUCAUCGACUGCACAAACUGGCUUCCAAUUUCACUUUAGUGUCAUUGCAAAUUUGUGAUUUGACAUUGGACUCUGACAUAUUUACCUAUUCCACAUUUGCAAUAUAUUUUUAUUUGAUUGCAACUUGCGUGGAAUUAACUAACUUGACUGAACAAUGGAAGAAGCAAUUGCCGAAAUUAGGAAAGCAGUUGAAGUCGGACGAACUGACGUCCUGAAUUCAGUCCUGAAUUCAGUCGAGGGCUGCACAAAAUUGAUUACAGAUGGUAAUGGUGGAGUGUCUCUCAAGGAUAAGAUCCUCCGAGAAAAUGUCGUGGCAGAGGGUACUUUUCUACAUUUGGCAACAAAAUUAGGCCUGAAAGACAUCGUUAGAGCAUUGCUCUCAAAUGGAGCUGACCCAACGAUGGAGAAUAGUAACGGCGAUAAUCCGUAUGAAAUGAUAAAUUCAGAACAAAUUCAACAAGUGUAUGUCGAAGAGUUAUUACGAGCUACGGCUGGAUCCAAUUUGGAAAGAAUGGACCAGCUUAUCAAGGCCGGAGUGGAUCCAAAUUCAUGGGACUGUCCUGACAGGAGAAAUUCAGUUUUACAUUGGGCUGUAUCGUUUGCAAAUGCAGAAACAGUUGCAUAUUUGAUUGAGAAGGGCACUGAUGUAAAUACUGAAACGAACGAAGGCGUAACUCCUUUACACGAUGCCGUCGACCGCGCCGAAAUUGAUAUAAUUCGAAUCUUGUUAAAAAAUAACGCUUCACCUCUACUAAAGGCUGAAAGAGGGAAGUUCGCUGAUCAGUCUCCUUUAGAUUUGGCUGCUCAAAAGCCUCAAAUUUUUUCAUUGCUUAGCCAGCAUUUGGCUACUCAAUUUAAGGGAAGAAAUCGCACAGCGUCGCUUGACUCAAUUGGACCCGAAAGUCCAAUAUAUCCGAAAGAUGGUUCAUUUCGAGCAUGUUCGGCAGAACGGAACAACAAUUGCGGGUCUGAAUACCACUCUGUUCAUUCUGGGUUUAAUCCUGCACUUGAGGGCGUUAUCAGAAGUUUAGGGCUAAAGGCCCCCAUUCCGCCCAUCUUUACUGACACCAAUUUAAGCUUAUUGUGGCCUCAACCCAAGAACCUUCAGCAAUUAGAAGGGUUACACUUCCGUCCUGAUAAAGUUUUACAUGUCUCAGUAGUCAAAGGACGUGAAUCUGCUCACAGAAUCCUCGAUGUUCUCGCAGUAUACAAACAAUCUUUCGAUGCGAUUGGAUAUGAUGUCGUUGCCCAGCAAGUCCAAGACAAUUAUUCGAAUUCAUCGUCCUACAACCAUUCUAGUCAUAUUCAAUGCUCUAUAAAUCCAGAUGUGCUUCCGAUUCCUAAUUCCUACAGACUUCAUAUAUCCAGUCAAAAGGUCAAAAUAAUGGCUAAUGAUCUUCAUGGACUGAAUUAUGGCAUCAGUACUUUUCUUCAAUUGCUCACAUUAUAUUCAGGGGAUAAACCUGCCGGGAUUCCUCCUUUGGUCAUAAAUGAUCAUCCAAGCUUACAACAUCGAGCUGUGCUAAUUGACGUAUCCCAAGAAAGGAUCCCAACAAUUGAAUGUUUGUUUGAUAUGAUAAAGCUAUUUUCGUUUCUUAAAAUAAAUUACCUGCACCUGCAAAUGCGCUUGGACAAGACUGGAAAUGUGUUACCAUACACUAAAGGUGAAUUAGUUGCUAUUGACCGACAUUGUCAAGACGUUCUUAUAACAUUAGUUCCAGCCAUGGACAUUGCGUGUGGGAUAUCAGCUACCGAAUACUUUACUUAUAUUAAGCCAAUCUUGAAAGAUAUAUUGCCAUGCUUUGCCUCGUCCAAAUAUGUUCACGUUGGACCACAGCUAACAAGUCUUAUAUUUUUAUGUGACAACGAAAACCUUGGAAGAAGUAUCGACUUUGACAUAGUCUGGGAAUUUAUUCCAGUGUCAACGUCUGACAAUAUUGUUAUGAUGUGUUAUAAUGCCUUGAAAUCACAAAUAACCCACUCUAGUAGCUUGACCAAUGUCCAUCAAAACAUUGUUUUGGUGGACUAUGGAUUUCAAGCUGAAUACAAUUUUGGGACAUCUGUUUUGGAAAUUUCCCAAAAUGGGUGCUCGUCAUGUGUGUGUGUAGGAACAUCGGCUUGGAGCAGCUUGGCUGGGUGCCCAGAAGCGUCAUUAGUAAACAUAUACCACGGAGCCUUAAACGCUGUAAGUAAUGCUAGCCUUGGAAUGAUAGUGGCAAAUUGGUCUGGCCAGGUUAAUUUUACACCCAAAGCAUUUGCUUGGCCCGGUUUCCUACUAGCCUCUGGUCUAGCAUGGAAUCAUCAAACUCACUGGGAAUAUCUACAAGGUUCACUUGCGAAUUUGUUGAGCAUGUACGUUUUGAAGGAUAAGACAGGAGUUGCGGGUCAAGUAAUUUUGCAACUAGGAUGCACAGAAACGGCUCUAUUACGAUCUGCCUCGCGGUUAUCUUCUAACGAUAUGACAAAUCUGCCUCCUUCAGAUGGAACGACGUUAUACAAGUUGAUUUCCGAUCCUGACGCUGUCACUUUAGAUAAUUUGUCGAUGGACGCCUUGAUUAAAUGCAUCCGUGCUGUCAAAAAAUGCCAAACUAUACUAGUAAUGGAAGCAAGAAGUCCACACGAGGAAAAUCCAGUCUUUGAUGAGCUUUCUUUGACAAUGGAACUCAUGCUCCUUGCAUGCAGAAUUGGUCGGAGCUUGGUAGCUGCGGGAGUAAAUCCAAGGUCUAACAUGGGAUUGACUGUAGUCAAUUUGGGAAUCGCCAAUCUUCCUCCGACAUUACGAACUGAUAUUGCCAACAAGUUGCUAGUUUUGAUUGAAGAAUAUCGACGCGUUUGGGAAUUACAAAACUACCCACAGGGAUUGGAAACUUCCUUGUACAAGCUGACAACCGUAUUGCAACGAUUCAUUCCAGAUUCGACCAAAAUUCUUACAGGGAGACUAAUGUCAAUUUCUCCAAAGAGCUCAAUUGCAGGUCAUGAAAAUGGAUACAAUCACGAUGAUUAAAUAACUACAAAUAAAUGAUAAACUCUUUGAGUAAGAUUAUUAUAUUUAUUAUAUUAGUAUUAUUAAUCAUUUGGUUUAAAAUUGGUAAUAUAUUGCAAUAAAUAGCCUUUAUUCUUCCAUAAAUGAA